GUCACUGAGCACUUCCACAUGGCGGCUGGCACAGGACCAAACUCAAGACACGCAACUCAUCACAGUUGAUGAAAAAUUGGAUAUCACUGCUUUAACUGGUGUUCCAGAUGAGCACAUCAAAACCAGAAAAGUUCACAUUUUUGUUCCAGCACGUAAUGCAAUGCAGGCAGGAGUUAACAAUACAAAGAAAUGGAAGAUGGAAUUUGAUAACAGGGAGCGCUGGGAGAACCCUUUAAUGGGCUGGGCAUCUACAGCUGAUCCUUUAUCCAACAUGGUUCUUACUUUUUCUACUAAAGAAGAUGCCAUGGCCUUUGCUGAAAAAAAUGGCUGGAGCUAUGAUGUUGAAGAGAAGAAGAUUCCAAAACCUAAAUCCAAGUCCUAUGGUGCAAACUUUUCUUGGAACAAAAGAACAAGGGUGUCUACAAAAUAGGUUGGCAUUGGCUGUCUGGCUGUGAAUAAAGUCAGCUGUGCUGUAUUUAUAGUCCAUGUAUAAUACAUCUCUUAAUCUCCUAAUAAAUUUGACCUUUAAACUACA